AUGCAGGACUACGACAAACUCACGUCAUUCUUGGGGGACUGGGGUCCCUUCCAGAUGGCGAUCUUCUUUCUCCUUAGCCUGACCGCUGUCCCUAACGGCUACGUGGGGAUGUCCGUGGUAUUCCUGGCAGACACGCCACCACAUUUCUGCCGAUCGCGCACUGGUAAUGGCAGCGGAUCGCCUAUUAAUCACUCGCUGAUUUCCUCAAAACUGGUAGAUGGGUCACCAGCUCUCGGCAGCUGCACCCGACUAAAGUGGACAGGCGAAGGUCAGGUGAACGAAACGGAGGAAUGUCUUGACGGCUGGGAGUUUAGCAAAGAAAGAUACGCGUCCACUAUUGUAACCGAGUGGAAUCUGGUUUGCAGUGAAGCUUGGAAAGUUCCAGCCUGUACUUCUAUCUAUUUUUGUGGUGUUUUAGCAGGGUCCAUGUUGUUUGCACAAUUUUCAGACAGGUUUGGCAGAAAGAAAACGCUGUUUAUCACCCUGGCCAUGCAGACAGUUUGUAGCCUCAUUCAAGUAGCAUCUGUUAACUGGCUCAUGUUUUGCAUCCUUUUCUUCUUUGUUGGAUUUGCGCAAAAUUCUAAGUAUAUAUCUGCUUUUGUUUUGGGCAAUGAACUGCUGGUCAAAUCCAUACGAAUUACAUAUUCUACAUUAGGAGUCUGUGUGUUUUAUGCUUUGGGAUAUGCCGUUCUUCCCAUGUUUGCAUAUUUCAUUCGUGAUUGGAGGAUGCUGCUUUUAGUCCUCUCUUUACCAGGAGUUCUUUAUACACCACUAUGGUGGCUGAUACCUGAAUCACCAAGGUGGCUUUUAUCCCAAGGACAAAUGGAAGAAGCAAAGGCAAUUCUUCAUGCAGCUGCACAAAAAAAUGGAGUUACACCUCCUGAAGUUAUAUUUACACCAGACGAGUCUUUGGAGUUGAUGCAAGAACACAUUAAGAAGACACGUUUGUACACCUACAUUGACCUUUUUAGAACAAGAAACAUUAGGUAUUUGACGGCCCUGGUUUGCCUCAUCUGGCUGGCAAAUACAAUUGGAUAUUUUGGUAUUUCCUUGAACACGUCAAACAUGAAUGGUGAUCCAUACAUCACUUGCUUCAUUUCGGCUGCUACAGAAAUAGCAGCUUAUACAAUUGCCUGGGCAAUAUUGAAACAUGCUCCUCGCCGGUGUGUGUUAUCACUCCUUCUGCUAUUGUCAGGAAGCUUGCUUCUGUUCAUUCAGUGUGUACCUUCUGAACUUCCAGUACUGACUAUCAUCCUGGCCAUGAUUGGGAAGUUUGGACUCACAAUUUCCAUGUCUAUUAUCUACGUUUAUUCAUCUGAACUCUUCCCUACAGUUGUUCGCAACAUGGGAAUGGGAGCUGCCUCCAUGUUCACUGGUAUUGGUGGCGUUACUGCCCCAUAUUUUGCCUACUUUGGAACCUACAAUAAAAUUGUGCCUUACAUAAUAAUGGGAUGUUUAACUCUGGCAACGGGGUUUUUCAGCCUGCUGCUUCCUGACACAGAAGCUCUCCCUUUUCCUGAGAAAAUGGAAGAUGUUCAGCCUCUUCGCUGGUGCUGGAAAGUGAAGAACAAGCAGAAAGCGACAUGUGAAGCUGUUCACUUAGAGCGUUAAGUUAUUCUAGAAAAGUUCUGCAGAACUGGAAAAUCUACAUUUUUCCCCACCUGAGUUUUGUUCUAAAAUAACUCACCAGUUUAUUCUAAUUAAGACAUUGAAAAUCGUAAUCUGUUUCUCUGUCUAAUGCAAUC